AUGUUUAAGGCAAUCACGGCGUGCAUGUGGCUAUUCGCCUUCAACAGUCUUGUGUCGUCCGAGUACGUUUAUGAGGGUUUGCCGAGCGAUUCGGUCGAACCAGACUGGUGGCAGAAGGAAAUUAUCUAUCAAAUAUACGUAAGAUCGUUUAAAGACAGCGAUGGUGACGGAAUCGGAGACCUGAACGGUAUAACAGAAAAAGUCCCAUAUUUUAAAACUAUAGAUGUGGGCGCCGUUUGGUUGUCACCAAUAUUCCUCUCUCCACAAAAUGAUUUUGGAUACGAUGUAUCAGACUACAAAGAGAUCGAUCCUAUUUAUGGCUCAAUGGCAGACUUUGAACGGAUGAGGGACGAGUUUCACAAGCAUGGCAUAAAGAUCUUAUUGGACUUUGUGCCUAAUCACACGAGUGACGAACACGAAUGGUUCCAAAAAUCAGUUAAGAAAAUAGAGCCCUUUUCCGACUAUUACGUAUGGAAAGAUCCGAUCCGUGAUGCAUAUGGAAAUGUCACUCCUCCGAGUAAUUGGUUGGGUGUGUUCAACAGUGGAUCUGCGUGGGAAUGGAAUGAAGAACGUCAACAAUAUUAUUUACAUCAGUUCCAAGUGAAACAACCUGACUUGAACUACAGAAAUCCGUCGGUUAGAGAAGAAAUAAAGAACACGUUGUUAUAUUGGUUGGGACGUGGCGUCGACGGGUUCAGAUUCGACGCGGUGAACUAUCUAUUCGAAAGAGAAGAUCUAGCUGACGAACCUAAGUCUAAUAAAAUUGGCUAUUUGGACACCGAUUACGAUUCUUUGACUCACACUAGCACACUUGAUCAACCUGAAACUUAUUCCAUCGUUCGUCAAUGGAGGCAGAUGCUGGACAGUUACAGGACUAGGGAAAAGAAAACCAAAUUUAUGAUGGUGGAAUGUUACUCACCAUUUGAUAAAACUUUGUUGUACUACGGUACUAAUUCAGAACCUGGCGCUCAUUUUCCAUUUAACUUUUUAUUCAUCGGAACAUUCGAUCAACAGUCCGAUGCUGCUAAGGUCCAUAACAUGAUCAAAUCAUGGAUUCGUGGUAUGCCCACCGGCAUGUGGCCCAACUGGGUGUUAGGUAACCACGAUAACGCAAGAAUGGCCUCGAGGAGCAAUCCAAUGUUAGUUGAUGGACUACACAUGAUCCAACACCUGUUGCCCGGCACCUCGGUGACUUAUUACGGAGACGAACUGGGUCUGAUCGACACAAACGUUCGUUGGGACCAAACAGUUGAUCCAGCUGGGCUUAACGUGGGCCCCUAUAGGUUCUUGAAAUUCAGCAGAGAUCCCGUGAGGACUCCGUUCCCAUGGGACAGUUCGUAUAACGCAGGUUUUUCUAAUUCGUCUUCGUUGUGGCUUCCUCUGAACGCCGAUUAUUGGAAAAAAAACAUGGCAGAAGAAUCGAGGUUUAAAAGUAACCUGAGGUCAUACAGGCAAUUGGCGCGGUUAAGGAGGAGUCUGACAUUUGUCAAAGGCGAUUUGCAUUUAUACACACUGUCCAAAUGGGUGUUUGGAUUUUCACGGAGUUUUUAUGAUCACCCGACAUACUUCAUCGUAGUUAACUUUGGGAGUGAAAUAGAAAUAGUUAACUUGUUGGAAGCUAGAGGUACAUUACCAGUAACUUUGAAAGUUAAGGUCUCUAGUAUUAACUCUGGUUUUGUUACAGGAAAUGUAUUACGUACUGAUAAAGUGUUACUGCGCCCAAAAGCAGCUCUAGUACUUACAACCUCAUUAAUCAACGAAGAUUCAUAA